GCGUCUAUUUAUCAACUGCAGGGCUUCAUAAUUUUUAAGUGGUAUGUUUUUUUCCGAUUUGUUUUUUUCUGCGCAGUUCCUAUGUUUUACACUAUCUUUUUGUGCAUUCCUUUUUUGUUUCAAAAAGAAGCCACUUCUAUCAGACAUAUUUGCUAGAUAUAACUCGAAUAUUCCAUCUGUUUUCCUUUGUAGCAAUGCCCUGCAGAUGUUUCCUUACAUGUUUAGUGCUGUAAAUACGAUCCGAUGGGUGGCAAAGGUCUUGGUGUAAUGUUUUUGUUUUCAAGCUUCUUUGUUUUUAUUUUCUAAAUAAAGUAUAUGUUUAAGUUUAUAAGUACCGGGUGUUUACAGGGGAUAUUCGUAAGACGGUAGUUGCAUGACUACGUGAGGCCCCUUCCUUGCUGGUAUGUGUUUUCUAUGUUUCAAUUCAAUAUCUUUCCACUUCGUUUUUUUUUUUUUUUUUUUUUUUUUUUGUUUUGUUUUGUUUU